AUGUUCCGCCGUGAGCCCGAAACAUUGGAAAUGUUUCUCCCUUUUCUCGGGAUCGAAUUGACUUGCUCCCUUUCAGUUCCAGCGGCGGGAGCGAGAUCAUCCGUCGGGUCGCAUGAGAAAAUCGAAGAGGACGUUUUCAUGCGGGCAGGAAUAGGGUUCCUAACGCAGACGGGACUGGACGAACAUCAUUUGGCUCCGACGGCCGUUUCUGGUGGUCCGACAGAAGGCGGCUGCCGGCGGCCCCUAAGACGGCAAAGGGGCGUCGGGUCCAAUCAGCCAUCUGGAGGCCCCUACGGUCUACCAAAAUAUGGAAAGAUGCCUCCAAUCACGAAGACGGUGGAGGCGGAUGUAGACGCAGACGCUUGCGUUCUUGUCGCUGCCCUUGGGCUGAGGAACGCUUUUCCUUGGCCGUCGAGGAACCCCAAGAUGUCGUCCCUAUGGACAGCAAAGUCGACCCCUGCCACCGCCUCGUCUGGUGGUGUGGAGUUUGCUGCUGUGAUCGUGGGUGUGACCAACCCCCCGGUCGACUGCGAGAGCGAUAGCUUGACGAGAGGUGUGGGGUGUUUGGCGCUGGGAAACGUCGACAAGCAGGGAAAAACGAACGAGGCUCAUGAUGGGAUGACGAAGAGUGCAGUAGGCAACAUGCCUCGCUGCGGCUGUUACAAGUCAUGA